AUGUCGUGGCAUUGCCCGAAUGAAGUUAAGACAAAUACACUGGAGAUAACACUUAACGUGAUACCAACAGAGAUAGGGGCCCUGGUCAAAGUGAUCUAUGGCAUGGUCACUCGCUACCACAACAGCAUAGCGGAUCGCCUCAAGGAAACCAAUGUGGACUGGGAAGAUGAGAGGCUUUUCCAGGAAAGCCGCAGGAUCGUGGUAGCCCAACUACAGCAAGUCGUUUACAAAGAAUAUCUUUCUAAACUCCUCGGACCACAAGCGAUGACUAAAUACCAGCUGACGCCUCUCACUGGGGCACGCAGAAGAGAGGACUACAAUGCUAGCAAGACUAUUGCGACUAGUUCCGAGUUCGAAACUGCGACCCUCCACUUCCGUCAGAGCCAGAGUCCGGACCAAAUUGAAUUAGUAGACUCCUCUGGGAAGGUUACAGGUUCUAUAGAUCUGUCCUCUGCAACACUUGAACAGUUGCUUCACCUUGUACCUGCCGACGUGCUUCGUGGCGUCAGCCGGCAGGAUGCCAGUAAACUGGCCUUUACAAAGGAGAUAACGGCCUCAUCAUUGCCUGGCGAAGAGCCUCUCGGAAUCGACUUACUGGCUCUGAACAUCCAGCGUGGGCGUGAGCAUGGCUUGGGAGGAUACACGGCGGUGCAGGCGGCCUGCAAGAUCAAGGAUAUCAACACUUUCGCAGACCUGACCAACAGCAUGGACCAAAAAGUCAUUGACAACCUACAGAGCGUGUACAACGACGUAAAGGACAUUGAUCUAUUGAUCGGUGGAGCUUUUGAACGACCAGUCCCCGAUGGAGAGCUAGGACCCACGUUCACUUGCGUUCUGGCUGAGCAGUUCUCCAGAAUUCGCCAGGCAGACAGGUACUGGUACGAGACCCAUAUCGACGAUACUAAGUUCGACGAUGAUCAAUUGAAAGCAUUGCACAGCACGACUCUGGCGGGCAUCAUGUGCGACGCCUUCCCUGAGCUGCAUUUGGUUCAGAAGCGUCCCUUCGAGGUGGUGUCGGCAGAGAACCCUCUGGUGUCUUGUAGGACCGUACCCCGUCCACCAAUUUUAUCCAUUCCACUGGAUUCACACCAAAAUAUUAAUACAUCUCUGCAAAGGGAGGACCAGUCGCAGGUGUUUUUAUAA